UCUAUAUGGUAACGUUUUGAGGGUGCAACGAUACGAGGGCACGGGUGUCGAUAUUCUCGAAUAGGCAGUUUCUCUCGCGCACCAGAAUACCCGAUAUUCUGGAUUUCAAACGCCCCAGAACAUCAAAUCGGAAAAUACCUAGGUAGCCACCAUGGGGAGGGUUUGGAGUUGUUCGAGUUGUGUUGGGUUUAUGGUAUUGGCAAUCUUGGUUCCCAGGACGAUAGCGAUCCAAACCGACGAGUACCAGGUCCAUCAAAUAGAUAAGAAUGAUUUUAUUCGCCACCCGAAACGAGAUGCUUCUUGUCAACAAACAGGGUGGUCACUUUGUCCGGCUUCUGCCAACGGAGGAUGUUGUCCGACAGGUUAUUCUUGCGCCGAGUCAUCUUGUUAUGCUACGACAGCAGGACCAACAUCGGGAUGUGGGACAGAAGGAUAUUAUGAUUGUCCAUUAACUGCUGGUCCAGGAAAUUGUUGUCCGGUAGGCUUCAUCUGUGGCAGAGAAAGAUGCGAAGCACCGGCCGGUGCAUCAAAAGCGACAUCGUGUUCACCAUCAUAUUUCGCUUGUACAGCUAGUCCUUAUGGUUGUUGUCCGAAUGGCAUGGCGUGCGGAAUCUCAACUUGUUACUCAACCAACCCGGAAACGUUUCAAGUUAGCGGUACAGUAACGACUACCAAUUCAAAGGGAGAUACGAUCACGACGAUAGUUACGAGUACGACGGUCAUAACACCUGGACCUGAUGCAUCCGAUUCAUCUGCUGCCACCCAGGGUGUAGCGAAAUUGAUUCCUAGUACAGUUUCUAAGCUACCUGCUGUUGGUACUGAUAGCAGUAAUAGCGGUAGUACCAAUAGCGGCGGUGGCGGCGGCGGUGAUGGCAAUCUCAGCCAGUCACAGCUUGGCGGUAUAAUUGGAGGUGCAGUCGCUAUACUUGUUAUUAUAAUUAUCGUCGCUGUGGUAAUAAUCUGGCGACUCAAGCGAGCUGAAAAAGCUGCUCAAGCCAUCGCUCAAUCUAGAAAAGAAUCGUCCAGCGGCCAACCGCGUUCGCAAAAAUCAGGUUUCGGACAACCCUCAGUAUCGGAAGUUGACGGAAUGGAUGCAGAAUCUGUCUUGCGAGCUCGUCAUAUGCAUUACCGGACGCGCUCCGACUCUCCUACUGUCGGAGGACGUUCUCGUUCCGAAACGCCAAACAUGUACGGUACCAAUGCCUCGUCAACACCACAAGGAGGACCUACCAGCAUCGCCCAAUUACCGGGCUCUGAUGCAUCAGACGGCCGUCAAUCAAGCAUGGACUCUUAUGGUCCUCGCCAUGAUAAUGUACCCUUCGCGCAACGACCCAGCGUCGAUUCUCAAGGAUCAUACCCCCAUACCCACACCCGGCAAUGGAGCAAUGUGAGCGAACUUGACGGCAGCAUCGGCAGCGCCCAUGGCGUAUCAGAACUUGGCACUCCAGAUGCCGAUGAGGAUGCGAGACGGCGAUCUAAUAGCACCACCAGAGCCCCCAAAGGUCAUAUUCGACGGACGAGCGACCCAUCUAGUAAUAACACGACACGCGGGGUUCAAGGGGAUAACGGUGCGAGCACUAUGCCCUUAGGUCCAUUACACGAGUUCGAUGAAUUGCACGGAUAUUACGGAGCUUCGGAUCAUACUGGACAAACUGCUGCGAGGUUGCAUACGAAGAGUUCAUCUAUUAGUUCGGCGCCAGAGUAGUCAGGGGAUAAACAAUUGAUGUAUAUUGGUUCUCGGAAGGGUAACACAGUGAAGGGCACAUUCUGUGGCGAUUUCAUUUCUGGCUUCAAGACGCUUUCGCAGAGUUGUAUUGGCUAAAUCAACAGCGGGAGAAAAUGAUUUGGGUUACAUACUUCAGGAGGCGGUCAUAGCAAGGCGUAUAUAGGGGUUUCUUGUUGAUACCUACGCUCAUUCAAG